AUGAGGCAACCCUGGAGGUGCCUGCUGGCCCUGUGCCUCCUGGCAUGCUCGGCUUCCACCCACAGUGUCGCCAAUCCCUUCGCAGGGCAGCAGACCCCGCCAGACCCUUGCUACGAUGACACCGGCGCAGCCCGUCGUUGUAUCCCCGAGUUUAUUAACGCUGCCUUCGGCAAGGAGGUGACGGUGUCCAGCGUCUGUGGCCGGCCUCUGUCCCGCUCCUGCAGCGUGGUGGAGCGGGGCGACGAUCGGCCCUCUGUGCGCACGUGCCAAAUCUGUGACGCAGCUGACCCUCGCCGUGCCCACCCUGCUUCCUACCUCACUGACCUAAACUCAGCGCACAAUCUCACCUGCUGGCAGUCGGAGAAUCUGAACACCUCGCCGCACAACGUGACCCUCACCCUUUCACUCGGCAAAAAGUUUGAGAUCACUUACGUCAGCCUGCAGUUCUGUUCCCCACGACCCGAGUCCCUGGCCAUACACAAGAGCAUGGACUACGGCAAGACCUGGGUGCCCUACCAGUUCUACUCCUCACAGUGCCGGCGCAUGUACAAUCGGCCCAACAAAGCAUCCAUUACCAAGCAGAACGAACAGGAGGCUCUCUGCACAGAUGGCCACACUGACCUCUACCCGCUGUCUGGAGGACUCAUUGCUUUCAGCACUCUGGAUGGACGGCCCUCCGGAAAAGACUUUGACAAUAGCCCCGUCCUUCAGGACUGGGUGACUGUCACUGACAUCCGCGUAGUCUUCAGCCGGCCCCAGCUGCCCCGGGAGCUGGGACUGGGUGCCGGAAGCAACAGCGGAGGGAGGGACGAUGACCCCAUGGCGGUGACAACAACGCUGCCUACUUAUUUCUAUGCAGUGGGAGACUUCCAGGUGGGUGGGAGGUGCAAAUGCAACGGACACGGCUCGCGCUGUCUGAAAGACAAGGAAGGCAAACUGGUGUGUGACUGCAAGCACAGCACAGAGGGACCUGAAUGUGACCGCUGCAAGCCCUUUCACUACGACCGACCGUGGCAGAGGGCCAAUGCCCGCGAGGCCAAUGAGUGUCUGCCGUGCAACUGCAACCUCCACGCCCGCCGCUGCCGAUUCAACAUGGAGUUGUAUAAGCUGUCGGGGAGGAAGAGCGGAGGCGUCUGCAUGAACUGCCGCCACAACACCGCAGGCCGCCACUGCCACUACUGCAAAGAGGGCUUUUACAGAGACCUGGCCAGACCCAUCACCCACCGGCGAGCCUGCAAAGCCUGUGACUGCCACCCUGUGGGCGCAGCAGGCAAGACGUGCAACCAGACCACAGGCCAGUGCCCCUGCAAGGAUGGCGUCACCGGCAUCACCUGCAACCGCUGCGCCAAGGGCUACCAGCAGAGCCGCUCCCCCGUGGCCCCCUGCAUCAAAAUCCCAGUGGUCAACCCCACAGUUGUGGUGAGCAGCACAGAGGAACCAGCAGAUUGUGAGUCCUAUUGUAAACCAGUGAAGGGCAACCUGAAGAUCAACAUGAAAAAAUACUGCAAAAAGGAUUAUGCGGUGCAAGUGAACGUGCUGGACAUGGAGACGGUCGGGGACUGGGCGAAGUUCUCCGUUAAUUUGGUGUCUGUGUACAAGAGCCGCGGCGAGCCCUUGAAGCGAGGCGACAACAUCCUGUGGGUACACAUGAAGGACCUGGCCUGCAAAUGUCCCAGGAUCCAGAUGAGUAAGCGAUUCUUGGUGAUGGGCGGUAGCGACGGUGGAACGGGCACAGGGACGGGUCCGGGUGUUGGUCCCGGCGGUGGCUACGCCAGUCCAGGGGCGGAGCCCGUGGGCCUAAUGGCCGAUAAGAACAGCCUGGUGAUCCAGUGGAGGGACGUUUGGACGAGACGUCUGAGGAAGUUCCAGCGCAAAGAGAAGAAGGGGAAGUGCAGCAAAGCGUGA